CUUGAGGGCUGCUGGAUUGCGAUGAGCGUCCUGCGGUUCUCGCCUGCGGCCACUGGAGGUGGCAGCCACGAUGGCAGUGCCACCUUUCCCGCCCAGCCAGAUCGGCCACUGUCUAGACGGGCUGAUGCUGCUGCCGGGGAGCUAAUUCGCUUGACGAGUCCAGUGUGUUUAAGCAGGAAUUAAGAAGAAACAGCACGCGGCGGCCCCUGGAGCCUGCAAAAGCAAGCCGCCAGAAAUCCAUGCACGCACGCAGCGGUCGAGGGCGCUGGAGGCCCACGCGGUCACCACGCUGAACAGAGCCAGCCUGGGCACGUGCUGCCACUGCUCGUCCUCGCCCUCCCCGCAGCCACUUUGGCCCCAGGCGCCCCAUGGCAGGCGUCUCGCACACACACGUCUGCCUUUCUGGCCCCGCCCCUGCCCGCCGCAGGGGCUCCAGACGCCCGCGUGCAUGUGCAGGAGGCCUGCGUCACCCGGGCGGCGAAGAUGAAGCACGAAGGCCCAGAGCCCGUCCACUCCGACUUCGUGCUCCUGGCGAGGAGCUCGAUCCCCCCUCAGCGCAAGGACUUCGAGCUGGACGACUUCGAGGUGGUCGGGAAGCCCCUGGGGUGUGGCGCGAUCGGUUCCGUGAGCAGGGUCGUUCAGAAGGGCACAGGUAGGUUCUUCGCGAUGAAGGUGAUGUCCAAGACGAAGGUACUCGAGUUCGAUCUCUUGGCGAACGUCGAGCGGGAAAUCGCUGCACAGCAGAAGCUCCGUCACCCGAACAUCCUGCGGCUGUACAAGUGCUUCGAGAGUCAGGAGGGCAUCCACUUGCUCCUGGAGUACGCGUCCAACGGGUCGCUCUUCGAGCUGCUGAGGGACCACGGGAGAGAGGCCGCCGCGUCUGGCCAGGAGCGGCUGGGCCUCCCCGAGGCCCUGGCCGCGGGCAUGUUCCGCAGCGUGGCGGAGGCCGUCCACUUCCUCCACUGCAACGGCUUCAUGCACCGGGAUCUGAAGCCGGAGAACAUACUCGUUUGCGAGGGGGGCGAGCUGAAGCUGGCAGACUUUGGCUGGUGCAACAUGCUCGAGGGCGUGAGCCGCCGCACCUUCUGCGGCACCAUGGAGUACGUCUCGCCGGAGAUGCUGGCCAGCGAGCCCCACGACUGCAUGGUGGACGUGUGGGCCGCAGGUGUGCUCCUCUUUGAGAUGCUGGUCGGGCGCUCGCCGUUCGCCGCGGUGAGCCACCUGCAGAUGAUCGCCAACAUCACGAAGGUGGCAUACGAGUUUCCCCACCACGUCUCGGUCUCCGCCCGCGACCUGGUGGGCAGACUGCUCGUGAAGGAGCCCCGCGGGCGCCUCGACCUCGGCAUGGCGGCCGAGCACCCGUGGGUGCGGCAGCACAUCUCCGAGGCAGCCGGGGCGACGCAGGGCGGCGCCGGGCCGAGCGUGAAGACCCCCCGCAGCGCGAGCGUGCCGAGCCCCCGCGGCGAGCCGCCCGACCCCUGCGGCGGGGCGGCCCGCGAGGCAGCGGCGCCCGUGCCGCCGCCGGGUGCCUCGGCGCGUGCGCGGUCCUCCGGCGGCCGGAUGCGCGCGCCAGACUCGCCAGAGGGCCGGGCCGCGGGCCGGGCCGCGGACAGGCCGACAGGCCCGCCCGAGGCGUCGCCAGAGGCGCGGCCCGCCGCUGCCGGCAGCAGGGGCGCUGCCGGGCCUCCCGAGGCGGGGCCCCCCGAGCGGGACGGGCCGCCGCAGAGCAGCAGCCAGCCGGCGGCCCAGGCCUGCGACAGUGGGCCGUGCGAGGGCCCUGGCCGUGGCCCCCCCGAGGGGGUGCCGCAGGCGCAGGAGGCGCACGCGCUGCUGGGGCGCGCCGUCAGGACAUCGGAUGCGGAGCAGGACGCUCCUGGAGCGCGCCCUGCGGCAGGCGGCGGCCGCCGGCCUGGAGGGCCGGGAGCUGGCCGAGGCGCGCCGGUCGCUGGAGGCGGAGGUGCGGAGGGCCGAGGCCCGGGGGCGCCUGAUGGACGCCACGCAGAGGCGGUCGCAGAAGGAUCGGACCUCUUCCUGGCGCUGGGGGAGGCAGGGAGGCUGGACUUCUCGAAGGACCGCGAGCUCGUCGAGCACGCGAGGGAUGUGCUGGCGAGCCUCUCCGGCGAUGCCGAGGACGGGUGCGGCCCCGCGGCGAGGGAGCCCUCGGAGCCCGCCCUGGGCUCAACCGCCGCGGGCUCCGAGGUGCAGCCCGGCCUAGAGGUGCCUCCCGCGGGCCCGGCCGACGACUCCGCGCCCGCGCAGGCCCCGCGCAGAUCGGCCUGCGGCCUCGCGCAGGCCUUCGGCGCCUCGCCGCGGUCGGAGUGCCGCUCGUCCUUCUCCAGCGGCGGCGUGAGCCCCACGGCGUGCCCCCACCCCGCCGGCGUUGGCCUCCGCGAGCGUCUGGCGGCGCAGAAGAGGCGCAGCGACGGCGAGGCGCUCGACGCGUGCUCCCUGACCAGCCGCAGCACGGUGUCCAGCGUGUGCGCCGGCGAUCCCAUCGGGAGCGCGGCGGCGCCCUUGCCGCGUCAGAGCCUGUCUUCGCCGCACGGCAGGGGGGCCCUGCUGGGGGAGGACGCGGCCGAGGAGGGCGCGCCGGCCUGGGCGUCUCCAAAGCGCACGGGCCCUCGGAGGUCUCAGAGCCCUGGGAGCCCCUGGACGUCGCAGGUCCAGUCGGAGGAGGACAUGGCAGACGACGCCCUCGACGACUUUGACUCUCUCAUGCUCGAGGGAGGCCGCCCUUCGUGCGCGCAAGAAUGCUGCAUAAGCUGAAGGAGGAAGGAAACAUAUGUGGCGCGGUAUCGCAGCCGCCUGUGUGCUCCGCCACCCAACGGCGCUCUUUCGCUUUUCCUGGCCAGGCGAUGCGCGCAGCCCCACGCGAGCCGGCAUUGCACUCCAGGGCCCCGAGCCCUGGCGUCAGGGCGACGGCGCCAAGGCGGCCCUCCUCUGCACUCCACGCUCCGCGUCAGAGCACGGAGGGGCGGCGGCGGCGCCCGCGCAGCUGCCCUCCGCACCGCAGGGCCUGUUUAGAGAGGUUCGUACUGUACCCGUACAUAUAUAGUUGCCGCCGCGCAUUCUAACAGAUGCGCCCCCAAGAAAUGAAAGCAUUUUUGGGUUCUGGGUUUCCGGAAGUGCCUUCUUGCCGUCCGCGUUUGGCUGGAGCAGGGGCGGGGUCGGAACACGCGGUAGUUUUAGCUCUCAGACCUCCUCGCGUCGCGCAGCACGAAGGCCGCCCGGCGCGAGGCAGAGGCGGGGCGCAUACUGCUUUACUAGGUGUCCUCUCCCCUGUUGCCUCGUCGUUUUGCUCAUCCGCCCACGCUCCUCUCUCUUUCUCCCUUUCCCUGCUAGGCUUUCAGGCUAGUGGCCGAUGGCACAGCUCACGCUUGGACGGACGCCGCGCGCUGCAGCAGAAUGGGACCCUCGCGAUGCCCGCAAAAUCAGCGAAAG